GGGUGGUUACGGACGGAAGGAAAGCUUGGGCUGUUGGCACUAGUGCUGGAAUGCUAGAAAACUUGCAUGCCACGUCGUCUGCGUUAUCGCCACUAGUUAACGGGACUUUGGUGCGUUCUGUUUUAGCUUAGAAUAAACAGCACUCAGAGGCGAAUAUGUUGCCAUUUCUUUUCAGUUUCCUUUUACUUUUCGUCCACUUAAAUGUGGACUGUGCAAAACUUCCGGAACCAGAGGUGAAGAUAGAAGUUAUGUCCAAGCCUUUCCUCUGUCACCGAAAGUCCAAGUAUGGAGACAUUCUUCUGGUGCACUACGAGGGAUUUCUGGAGAGCAACGGCACCAUGUUCCAUUCUAGCCGGCAGCAGGGCGACAGGAACCCGGUGUGGUUGACGCUGGGCAUCAGGGAGGUGAUCCAGGGCUGGGACAAGGGCCUGCAGGACAUGUGUGCCGGGGAGCGCAGGAAGCUCACCAUCCCCCCCGCCCUCGCCUACGGCAAGGAGGGCAAAGGUAAGAUCCCGGGGGAGAGCACGCUGAUCUUCGACAUCGAGCUCGUGGAGAUACGCAACGGCCCGCGCUCGCACGAGUCCUUUCAGGAGAUGGACCUCAACGACGACUGGAGGCUCUCCAGGCACGAGGUGAAGGAGUACCUGAGGAAGGAGUUUGAGCGCCACGGUUACCCUGCCAACGACACACACCACGAGGUGAUGGUGGAGGACAUCUUUAAGAAGGAGGACGAGGACGAGGACGGCUUCAUCUCCGCACGCGAGUUCACCUACAAGCACGACGAGCUGUAGAACACACACACACACACACACACACACACACACAUACAGACUGUUGUGUCUCAGACAUUACUUCUAGUUCUACAAUAGUCACUGCUGUGAUGCACACACACACACUCACACACACAUGCACAAACACACACACACACACACACACACACACACACACACACACACACGUCAUCUCUAGUCAUGUUUGCAUUUAAAAGGAACACACCAACUUUUUUGGCAAAUUGGCAUAUUUGUGUAUAGGAGAGAAGGAGUAGGUGUUGAGACUGGUGUGUGUGGAUUUGUUGGGAGUGGAGAGAGUGUGUUGGGUCUCCCUGGGUUGUGUGUGGCAGGAUAGAGUGUGUGUGUGUGUGUGUGUGUGUGUGUGUGUGUGUGUGUGCUUAUCUCACCACCAGAUAGACAGCAGCUGUGUAAUAACAUGGUCGUGGUCCCCACCUGUUCAUGGAGGACCCCAGGACUACAGUGUGCAUCUAGUCCAGUAGGGGGCGGUGUGCUAUGAGUAUCAGCACUACAGUGUGCAUCUAGUCCAGUAGGGGGCGGUGUGCUAUGACUAUGAGUAUCAGGAAUGGCGCUUUUAGAAGGCUGCAUCUCUGGCAGGAAGACUCUGAGCAGCUGAUGAAACAUGGAGCAACCUUUUAACUGUAGAAAACACACACACACACACACACACACACACACACACACACACACACACACACACACAUGCACACACGGAGCGACCUUUUAAACAUGCUGCGCUGGGUGCUCUUGGAUGUGGUUGGAUGUUCUACUGAUCAUUCAAAUUCUCCAAGAAAUAAAAUGUAGGAAUUCUAUAUGAUUUAUUAUACGGCUCUUCACAAUGCAGGUAGAACGCUGGAUGGGAUUUCCCAAAGUUCUGCAGAGUUUGUGCUUCUAUUUCAGCUCCUUCAUAUCACUCUGCAGCAAGUCCGUUCGCUUAUUGCAGUGGAAUGUCAGUGUUUCCCAUACAUUGACUUAUUUGUGGCGGCCCACCACAAUAUCAACACUGACCACCACACAAUGAUUUUAUGUUGUACUACUUAAACAAGAUGAACUUCUUUCAUUGAAGAGCUAUGCACACCUUUGUGCAGCCUCUCUGUCCCUCAACAAAUAUGCAUGCAUGUUUAAAGAAUACAUUUUAAAAAAUCCAGCAAGGAUAGUUGUUGUUGACGACUGUCUAAAUCACAAUUAAAUCCAGUUAGCAUCAUAAGUACGUUGCGCAAAUUUGUUUAAAAUUUGCGCACAAACACACUACCACCACAAAUAGAAUUACAUUCUGUGGGAAACACUGAAUGUCAUUGAAAGUGAAAGUCAGCUGGUAAGACGUACGUUACCACGGAACACCUGAAACUGGCAAGUUCUAUCUGUGUGGCAAGCCAUUUAUUUUGUUAGCGGAAGCCACGGAACAGUAGCCAAGUCAUUGCUAAAGACACAUCGUGUCAAGUUUCUUUUCUCGUUUUGGCGAGUAGCCGUAUAAUAAGCGCAAUAAUGUGUAGAAUGCAGGUGAUUAUCAGGAAAAUAGGUCCCUUCAGGGCGAAACGAGACUCCUCUGCUUGGCGUCGUGGUCCGGCUCACCCUGCCGGUACUCCCGAUAAAGACCAGCGCUCUACACGUUAUCUCUUACAUUGGUCUAUAGCAACAGUAACCUUAGGAACAGUGUCCGCUCAGUAACUGGUCCCAUGUUGCAUCAGCGCUGGAGCUCCUCCAUCCACCAGUAGACCCAGCACUGCAGAGAGCUGCAGUUCCUCUCAUCACCAGCAGAGGGAGUGGUGUCACCACUACUGCUUCAGCAUCCUCUGAACUGCUCUGUCCCAGGAGAGAAUCCUCUACCCCCCCCCCCCCCCCUCUCUCCACCCCCUACCGUUGUGCCUGUAUUUGUAUGUAUUUAUUUUGUACCUUUAUCUGUAUUUUUCUCAGUUUUUUCU